AUGAAAGAAUUAUAUCCUGCAAUCAACCAGCCACAUUUGUCCAAUCUCAGACAAAAUCAUUGUCCUCUAAAACCAGUGAUAUCGGCAUUUGACAUUCUUAUAGAGCUGAAGAAAUUUCACUCAAUUCCCGAGAAAGCUCAAAGCGCUAGUUACAAGAUAGACCAGCUUUUGGCAAAGAAGAAAAAAGCGUGUUCUGAUGCCAAAAACAUUAUUUUACCAGCCUUAGAGAUCGCCGUUGGCACAAUGGUUAGUGAUGAAGUCAUUAAACAGAUUAAGACCAUUCCUUUGUCUGCCCACACGAUUUCUCGUAAAAUUCAAGACAUUUCGUGUGACAUUGACGAUCAGUUCCGCGAACAUUUCAUUGAAGCAAAAAGGAAACUCGAAAACUCGCGGGCCUUACAAAUCGAUGCAAGUACAGACACCAGCAGCAAAGCUCAACUAAUUUCAUUUCUGCGAAUCAUCAGAGGUGGUAAAAUCAUAUGUCAGUUUUUCUUUUGUUGUGAAUUGAAGGAAAGAACAACAGUAGAUGUCUUUAACUCGGUACGCCAAAAUGUCGUACUGAGAGGGAGCAGUGGCAAACUUGUAUUACCGUUGAUACUGAUGGUGCUCCAUCCAUACAGGGUAAAAAAAAAAAAAGGCUUCGUGGCUGAUAUAUUACAAAAACAUUCACAAGUUGAAAAUAUACGUUGCAUGAUUCUCCGCGAAGUUUUGGUGUCAAAAUCUCGGCUUGAUUGUCUCCUGAAGACGAUGGACAAUGUUUUUAAAGUGGUGAAUUACAUAAAAUCCCAUUCCCUGCGGUGCAGACUUUUUGCAUCAUUAUGUGAAACUAUGGAUUCUGAUUUUAAGUGUUUACUGCUUCAUACCGAAGCAGUGUUGGAGAGUGGACUCUGGAGAAAUUCAGAAGAUUUUCAAACAUAUUUUUUUUAUACUGACUAUGGCCCCGAUGGGGUACCACCUUGA